UUCUUAGGUGGCGCUACAAACACAGAUUCCGCCAUCUUGCUAUUGCUGAUUCGCAACAAAGUGUCUAUACAUCAAUAUUCUGAAUACUAGAGGAGGAGUCAAGGAGUGUAACCAUGGCGGCUGGCCCCUACAAUUACUCAUAUAUUUUUAAAUACAUCAUCAUCGGAGAUAUGGGUGUUGGAAAAUCUUGCCUUCUACACCAAUUUACAGAGAAAAAAUUUAUGGCAGACUGCCCUCACACUAUAGGAGUUGAAUUUGGAACAAGAAUUAUAGAAGUUUCUGGACAGAAAAUUAAGUUACAGAUAUGGGAUACGGCUGGACAGGAGCGAUUCCGAGCAGUGACAAGGAGUUACUAUCGUGGAGCUGCAGGGGCAUUAAUGGUUUACGAUAUCACAAGGCGAAGCACAUACAACCAUUUAAGUAGUUGGCUAACUGAUGCAAGGAACUUAACAAAUCCCAACACAGUGAUAUUUUUAAUUGGUAAUAAGUCUGAUUUAGAAGCUCAAAGAGAUGUUACGUAUGAAGAGGCCAAGCAGUUUGCUGAUGAAAAUGGUCUCAUGUUCUUAGAAUGUAGUGCCAAAACGGGUGACAAUGUAGAAGAUGCAUUUUUAGACACAGCAAAAAAGAUAUACCAGAAUAUACAGGAUGGAAGUUUGGACUUGAAUGCAGCCGAGUCAGGUGUGCAGCACAAGCCAGCUACGCCCAGAAAUCCCAUAAACACAGACCAAGCCCCAAUUGAUAAGGGUUGUGCCUGUUGAUGACCCUGCCUCUGUCUAAGAUGGGCAGAAAACUGUGUAUUCAUUCCAAGGAUGUGUGCAGCGUUUGUUCUUUUGAUCAAAAUUAUUCUCUUCUCCAGGCACCAAGGUGUAGGAUCAUCUUGAGGAGUUAUGAGAUUCUUGUCUGUAGAAUUUGUCCUUAAAGGAGGUUUGUUAUGGAAUUAGGAGUACUGUAUUUUAUAACAACCUAUGUAUAAAUCUAUUUAAAAAAAAAAUAACUGAUCACAUGAAGCAAUUAUUAUUAUAUGGUACCUUUAUCAAUGAUAUACAUGUAUAUACAUGGUGCAAUAUUUUUUUUUCUCUUUUUUUCUGGUGGAAUGAUUUUGAUCAUUGAACACAUGCAUUGACUACUAUUCAUUUUAAAAUGAACAUGAGGUCAUAUUUAAAUUGUGUUUUAUUUUGGGACCUGGAAUGAUUGAAUACUGUGUGACAAUGUGUGAAAGGGGCGGGGAUUUCCUGUAACAGAGUGAGAAAACAUGUCAAAAUCUCUGUUGUGGAGUUUAUAGAUUGAAGUCAAUUGAUAGCGAUGAUGUGAUUGUUAUGUUAAUGUUAUUGUUUUGUUAACUUAUAUCAAAUAUUUUGUGUAUAUGUGUAUGUAUUUCCUCUGCUGUUGCACAUCAAAAACUUAGUUACAACAUUCACAGUUGAUGGUGGUAAAUGUAGGAUCUGAAAAGAGAAUGCACUUCAUGCAUACAGAAUGAUAUUUUUGUUGUUGCAGCAACUAGUAGUUAUGAAGCUUUUUGAGCAAUAGAGAAGAAUACCAUGAAAAACUUGUAUGUUAUGGAAUCCAUUUGUUUUUUCUUCAUUGGAUAGAAAUGAAUAUGCACAUGUAUAUAAGAAAAACAAAUUACCACAGAUUCAUUAGAUAUAAUAUGAAAUGAUCAGUAAAUUGAUUACAAUAGAGACUUUGGUAAGUUAUAUCUUCAUAAAGAUUGGUACUGGUUUGGCAUUAUCUGAACUUGUUCAUUAAUAUCAACAGACCAUUUUUACAUUACAGGGUCAGAGAAAAUUUCUAGAUUGCUAUUACUAUUACCCUGUGUUAUGAGUUAAGGAAGUUGAUGGUGCAAAAAUGUAAAGAAAAAAUAUCAGAUGUUGUUGAUUGUAAAUCUAUUGAAAAGACAAUUUUUGAUUUUGUAAAGAAAAUGUCUGUGGCUUUUUCAGAAAGGGUUUAAUGAAUCUAUUUUCAAAAGGUAAAAUUUUAUUGUCCUUGGAUUAUAAUUUAGCUCAGAAAGAAAUGAAGCAGAAUAAAUUUAAGAUCAAGUCAUAUUUUAUUGCAUUUUUACAAGUAGUUACUUAAAUAUUGACAAAAUAUUUUCCAUUGCAAUGUGUUGAUCCCUUUUGUCAUCUUGGACCUCGAGAUUUGAAAUAAGUUUUUCCAGGAAUACCAGUAAUAAAUACUUGAGUAUUUAGAUAUGUUGUUGCUAUAAAUAUAUAACAGCCAGUUUUGUGGAAAAUGGGAAGAGUUUUGUAUUUUGACAAUAGUUUAACAGAAACACAUGCAAAGCAAUUGAUCAAGAGAAGGCGGUAUUAGUGGGGCUGUCCAACACAAUGCUCUGACAUCAUGCAUGCUGUUUUUGCUUUAGAUGAAGCACUACAUAACCUUUUUUUCUAGAAUGGACACACACACUUUUCUUAGUUUUUCAAUCAGCAAGGAAAUGUUGCCAAGUCACUUAAAAAUGUAAAUUUUUGUAGCUUACUGGAAAACUUAUUUUCCUUGAAAUAAAAUUGAAUUAAUUUACAAGUGAAUUACAUUUAAUUUAUGGAAUAAAAUUCACGUCAUAAGGGCAGGCCCAUAUAUUAACUUAAAAUUACUGUAAAUUCUUAUAGAAAAAACUGCUCAGACUGCUUUGAUGGAACAGAUGUACAUCUCUUGUAAAUACAAUAGCCAUGUAAAUUUUAUGUAGCAUGUAUAUCCACAUUGUCUUUCUAGCAUAGUUUGUAUAUGUGUCUUUAUUUUUUAUGCUUUUUGUGAUAUUGAGAAGAAUUUUUAAAGUAAUUCACAUUACAUAUCUCUGCUUGAUUUGUUUUGGUCUAAAGUAAAAAUACACAUUUGAAAUGUAUUUUAUAUUAUCUGAACUUCAAAUUAAUGAUUCAUUGUUUAUUUGGUAUUUGGGUGUUAAAAUUACUUUUCAAUUUUCCAAACCAAGUGCUGUAUUUUAUGAUUGUGCAUUUACUGCAAGUGCUAUUCUUUUUUCAUUGAAACUUAACCCUUUCUGAUGAACAUAUUUACCAUCAGAAGAAACAAAUACCUUCCAUGAAAGUGAUUGAUCAUUAAUGUAUUUAUAAAGUCCAUUAUCAAGAAAUCAGAUUCUGUUUUGUUCUUGGUAUAAUCUUGUACAAAAAAUUUAACUUCCAGGCAGUUUGAUUUAUUAUUUAACUGAUUUGUUUAGUCCACAUAAUCUCUUCCCUUCCACAAUCUGUAACUCAGUACCAAAACUUUAUGACUAAGAUGGUUACUACUAAUUGCUUCUAGAAGAAAAAAUUGUAUUAAUAUACAGUAUAGUCAGUGCAAAACUUUUAAAAUGAUGUGAUAACCUGUUGUAUGUAAUUCACCCUCACUCAUUUAAAGUAAUAUAUUGAAGUCAAAGGAAUAAAUUAUGAAAUAUUUCUGAAA